AUGUUAAAUUCACGCGGGAAGCUGGACUUCGAAGUCUUUGAGUCUUUGCCUGACCCUGUUCACUUCAGUUGUCUUUCCUCCUCAGAUGUCUCUCCAGCUUCCUCCAGCUCUGGGACACUCAUCCAGUACACUCCCGACUCUGCCACUAGUCCUACUGCAGGGCGCCCAUCUCCCCAUCCCUCUUGCCAGAAGGUCAAGGCGGAAGGUGAGGGUGUGGUGAAGAAGGCCAAGAGCCGCACUGCCUUCUCCCAGGAGCAGCUGCAAAUCCUGCACCAGCGGUUCCAGAGCCAGAUGUACCUGAGCCCCCAGCAGAUCCGGGAGCUGGCUGCUGUCCUGGAGCUCACCUACAAGCAGGUGAAAACAUGGUUUCAGAAUCAACGGAUGAAAUUUAAACGCUGCCAGAAGGAGACCCAAUGGGUGGAAAAAGGGGUGUAUCCGCCACAGAAUGGGUUUCAUCAGGGUGCCUACCUGGAUAUAACCCCCACAUUUCACCAGGGCUUUCCUGUCAGUGCCAGCAGAAACAUUCCGCCUGUGACCAACAUGCAUCAAGCUUACAGCAGUGGCCAGACUUACGGGAGCGGGCAAAGCUUCUACUCGUUCAUGGCUGUGGAGGAUGAGGCGCUCUUUGGAAAAGGUGGAACAAGCUGCAGUACCCAGCAAGCCAUGGGUUUAUUAAGCCAGCAGAUGAACUUCUAUCAUGGCUAUCCUGCAGAUCUGGAUUAUGUCAGCCUGGAGUCAGGAGACACCUACACCUUCCAGAGCACCUCUGACAAUGUCACACCGUUCUCAAGCUCUCCUGCACAGCACCAGUACCAGGCUCCUUGGUAUCCCCUGGGGACCCAGAGUGAUUAUGAAUCUUAG